UAACACUUACGAAUUCUGACUACUGUAUUAACGACUGUGAUACUAAUCUGUUAGCCUGGUUAUUUCUGGACUGUUUUGCAGUUCAAUGCUAAUUGUUAAAGAAAUUUUGUAUUUUGACUUCAGAUGUCUUUCUGAGAGCAGUUAUUGUGCUGUCAGCGAAAUGAAUAGGAGAGUGUGGUCUUCGGUCUUAACAAUAUGUCUUAUUGUAACGUUUAAACCAAAAAAAAUAGAUAUGUAUAUGCGAGCUAAACGUUUCCUAAUAUUUCCAAGGCAAGCUCCAACUAGACAUCAGUUCAUUGCUGGAAUAGGAAUACCAGCAAAUCUCGACUAUGAAUCGCUCACCGUGGGCUACGUAUUGAAAGCAGAGUUUCAUCUACCCUAUAAUGCUACGGUGUUUCGCCAGAACCCCUUUUUACCCGAAUAUGACCUCAACACGUUUUUAAAAACUGGAAAAGAAAGGAAAAUGUACCAUAAGCCCACCCGUCUACGCUGGCAUAUAUACGCUGUCAUUGAAUAUUUGCUUAACGGCUACGGUUACAACGGUCACGAGUGCCUUUUACAAGCCAUCUGUGAAGCCAAAAGAAUUGGAUUUUCCAAGGACUUCAGUGUUGGAGCUGAGCUAAUUAAUUUACUAUUAAGUCCCACAUCUAGUUUGAACUCUAAACUCGAUGUUGCUGCUAAUUUCAUAUAUGCGGAGGAAGCAUCCUGGAUCGAUUGUCGACGGUACGACUGCAAUAUAGAUCUGAUCAAUUGGUUUUCGCAUGAAGCCAACUUGAAAAUCUAGUUCACUUUUAAAUGUGUAUAAGAUUUAAUUUUUAAAAACGUGUAUUUAAAGUAAACGAGAAGGGACG